AAAGUAGACUCAAAAUUCCUUCCUUCCUUCCUUCCUUCCUUCCGACCUAGAGACUGCUAAAAAUCUCUGCUUUCCGCUUUCUUCCCCUUCCUGUAGCUUCUUCUGCUCUCCUUCUCCUUCCUAAUCUUCUGAAAUCUUGCUUAUUUAUCUCCAUUUUUGUUUUUUUUCUGUCGAUUUUUUAAGCCUUGGGAGACGGUUCUCCGGCGACGGACCGGACUGCAUUAUCGUGAUUAGCAAAGCUUGAAAUCCUUUACUUGGGAGAGACUUUAACUUGCAAAAUUAAAUGGAUGGUCAUAGUUCUGAUUUUGACUGGGACACUGAAGAUGAGCUGGAAAUUGAAAACUACGGUCCACCUUAUUCUUCUGGAGUGACCCAUCCUUAUGAAGAGGCUGUUGUAGGCUCGGCGGAGACAAAUUCUGUAGUUUCUCCCAGUUGCAAGGUGAUUGACCAUUUUGUUGGAAUGGGGUUCUCUAAGGAGUUGGUUACCAAAGCAGUUGAGGAAAAUGGUGACGAGAACACAAAUUUGAUACUUGAAGCUCUUCUACAGUACCCAGUGAUGGAAAGCUCAUUACCAAGCUCCUCCAAAUCCAAAGUGAUUGAUCACUUUAUUGGGAUGGGGUUCUCUGAAAAAUUGGUGACCAAAGCAAUUCAGGAAAAUGGAGAGGGAAAUACGGAUUCAAUAUUGGAAACACUUUUGACUUAUUCGGCUCUUGAAAAAUCUCCUGCAAAGCAACAUAUUGAUUCUGAUCCCUCAUCAGAUAUGGAAGGGAGUUUGAUGGAAGAUUUUUCAGAUUCUGAUAGUCUUUAUGAAACUGAGGAAACCAUCAAUCCUGAUUCUGAUGAGGAGAGCAGAUUGCUGUUCUUAACAAAAAUGGGAUACACAGAGGAGGAGGCUUCGGCAGCCAUAGAGAGAUGUGGUCCGGACUCCACAAUUGCAGAGUUAACUGACUUCAUAUGUGCUGCUCAAAUGGCAAAGGCAGCAGAUUCACUUUUCCCUCUUGAAGUCUAUCCAAGGCCCAAGCCUUCCUGCAAUGAUGAAUUGAAACACAAAAAGAGGCGCUUUGACAAUGAUCUUUGGAAAAGUAAAAAACAGAUUAGGCUCGAGAUGAAUGGAGAUGAGGAAGCCCUUCAUCUUCCCAAUCCAAUGAUUGGUUUUGGGACCCCAACUGAUCCAUGUCAUGUAACCAAUAGGAUUCUUCCAGAGUCUGCCAUGGGGCCUCCAUAUUUUUACUAUGAGAAUGUUGCCCUUGCUCCAAAAGGGGUCUGGAGCACCAUCUCCAGAUUCUUAUAUGAUAUCCAACCUGAAUUUGUGGAUUCUUUAUAUUUCUGUGCUACUGCAAGGAAAAGGGGAUAUGUUCACAAUCUCCCAAUUGAAAAUAGGUUUCCCCUUGUUCCCCUCCCACCACACACCAUUCAUGAAGCCUUACCUUUGACUAGGAAAUGGUGGCCUUCUUGGGAUACAAGAACAAAGUUGAACUGCUUGCAAACAUGCAUAGCAAGUGCCAAAUUGACGGAUAGGAUUCGCAAGGCUCUUGAACUCCCUGAUGGCGAGCCAACUCCAAGUGUCCAAAAGUUUGUUAUCGAACAGUGCAAGAAGUGGAAUCUGGUUUGGGUGGGAAGGAACAAGGUAGCUCCACUUGAACCCGAUGAAGUGGAAAUGCUUUUGGGAUUUCCUAAAAACCACACGAGGGGAGGAGGCAUUAGUAGAACUGACAGAUAUAAAUCACUUGGUAACUCAUUCCAGGUUGACACAGUAGCUUACCACCUGUCAGUCUUAAAAGAUUUGUAUCCCCAAGGAAUCAGUGUCCUCUCUCUUUUCAGCGGGAUUGGUGGUGCAGAAGUUGCCCUCCACCGGCUUGGCAUCCCUUUAAAGAAUGUGGUGUCAGUUGAAAUUUCUGAAGUUAAUAGGAACAUACUCAGUAGCUGGUGGGAACAAACAAACCAGAAGGGUACAUUGAUUCACAUUGAGGAUAUCCAGCAACUGGAUGAUAAUAAGAUAGAGCACAUGAUGAAUCACUUUGGUGGAUUUGACCUUGUUAUUGGUGGGAGUCCAUGUAACAAUCUUGCUGGCAGUAACAGGCACCACCGGGAUGGACUGGAAGGCAAGGAAUCUUCCCUCUUCUUUGAUUACGUUCGGAUACUGGAUACAGUUAAACGAUUUUCAUCAUCAAGAUAGCUCCAUUAUGUUCAAAAUUGUAACCCUUUUUUAUUUUAGCUCUGAACAAUGGAAUCCUCACUCGUGGAACUUUCUACAAAACUGCAUUGCUAUCCUUGAAAUAAUCUCUUGGGAAACAGGGCAAAGCUGAAAGCUGCCGGUUAAUGAUGGAACAAAUUUUACAUAUUUCA